AUGUGCCUUACUGCGAUUGACGCCGGUGGGGCGGGCGCCUUGAAAUGUAUGCAUAGCAGCUGUGCUAGCCUAUUUUCUGGCAUUAUUCCAUUGCACGCCAACAGCGUCCCAUUGCUUGUACCCGCAACCUGCACCCACCCUACUGUGGAAGGAAAUGAGGAAAAAAGUCCACCUUCCAGGGUGGCUGCUACAACGGACUUUGGAGCUGGCCUUGGCUUCUCCACGGAUAAGACCCCUACCCGGCUAGCUGAGCGUUCGCAUUGUAGCUAUGAUCGGCGCAAGUAUUCCCCUCAGCGCAUGUCUGAACUCCUUCGACUCCAUAGACUGGCGAUGUCCUUCCCAGCUAAGAUACCUUCACGGCAUGCAAAUCUCGCCCUACCUCCUCUGCGAAUGACACUGGGAUUGGUAAACUCGCUUAUUCUUGCGUCAACUGCCGACGAGUCAUCCCUCAUUUCCUGGAGCUGUCGCCUGAGACCCGGACGGAAUGAAUUUGUCCUGUGUAAAGCCCAGAGUGCAGAAAAGAGCACGGGGGAAAAAACCCUAACGAUUCAAGCAGGGCAUGAGACUUCGCAAUUAUCCCGUGGAGAAAUAGACACAGAACGCGGUAGAAGCCAAUUGCUCCGCAUGACGAGACCAGAGCACGCACAUGGCAUUAUGCUACAAACAUGUGAUGCAUCCGUUCAUGACCAUCAGUUUAAGCAGUUCGUCUGCAUGUCGCGGGAUACUUGCGUGCCAGUGGCAGCUUUCUGA